UUGAAGAAAGACAAAGACGGUUUUGUUGUAAGAUAUAUAGAUGAUACAAUUGGAAAAGGGGUGUUUGCUGAAAGAUCUUUUAGCAAAGGUGAAUUUCUUUUGGAAUAUGAUGGGGAUCUUGUUUCGAACAAAGAGGGAACUAGGAGAUUGGAGGAACACAGCAAUACCUUUGGCUGCUAUGUGUUUUUUUUCAAGUAUGGAGGCAAAAGUUUAAGCAUAGAUGCUACUUUUUCUAAACAAAUGGGAAGGUUUGUUAAUGAUGGAGUUGGAGCAGAUGAGAAUGCUUUAAUGAAAAGAAUUGUUGUGGAUGGGAGCCCACAUUUAGUUUUAUUUGCCAGAAGGGAUAUAUAUAUAGGAGAUGAAAUCAGAUAUGACUAUGGUGAUGUUAGUCGAAACCUCCCAUGGAGAAAGAGACCACUAACAGAUGAAAAAAAAAAUACGACAUUGAAAGAAUGUUGUGUUUCAAUAAGAAGACUGGAGAUUAAAGAUGAUAGUCAUAAAGUGGCAUGCAAUAGAGAGGCAUAUUCUGACAGUGAUAGUGAUAUUGAGAACUUGACAAGGAAACAUAGAGUUUUGAAACUACCAUCUGAUGAUGAAGAUGAGGAGAAACAAGAAUUAGACCUAAGUAAUGAGAAUAAACAAGUAUUGAAUCAACCACCAGAAGAUGAGGAAGUUGGUAGUAAUAUUGGGGUUAGAGAAGUUUUGAUACAACCAUUAGAAGAUGAGGAAGAGGGCAGUAAUAUUGAGGUUGAAGAAGAAAAAUCUGAAGGGGAAACUGAAAAGCUAUUUGUAUGUGCCCUAUGUGAUAAAAAACUAAGAAGUAGAGAAUCAUUUCUGAGCCAUAUGGGUGUGCAUUUCACUGAUAAUGUAAAGAGAAUGCUACCCAAAUCAAAUGAUACUACAGAACACAUACCUGCUCAAAUUGAAAUGAAUAGUCAAGAGAAAGCCAGUUGCAGUGAAGGACCAAAAAAGGAUAGAGGCCCACCACUUAAAUCCUCUAUGGUUGGUUUAGAUGCAGGAGAUGCCAGUCAAAAUGAAAGUUACAGUAAAGAUGGAGAUAAUAUUGAAAGAAUAUCACCUGCAUUCAAUGAUACUUCAAUACGCAUACCUGCACAAAAUAAGAUGAAUUGUCAGGAGACAGCCAGUUGCAGUGAAGGACCAAAGAAAGCUAGAGGCAGACCAGUGAAAUCAUCUACUGGAGAAAAAAGCAAAUCAACAAGGUCAAAACCUUACAGACCCUGCCCUUUCUGUGGUCUCCUUAUGGCUAGAUUGUCCAAUCACAUCCUUCGCAAACACAAAGAUAUUCCUGAGGUCAAAGUUUUAAAAAGGCUGCCCCAUCAAGAUCAAGUAAAGCAAAUGGCUAACCUGAGGAAAGAAGGUAUUUGGAAAGCUAAUUUAGACCAGGUGAAAAAAAUGGAGGAUGAAGGAUCUCAAGCAGAAGUAAAAUAUUUUAAAGAGAGGGAGCAUGGAGCAGGUCAACUUGCUUACUGUUCUUUAUGUAAAGGUUUUUUAACAAAGUCUUACUAUAAGAGACACAGAUCCACAUGCACUGCAGUUGAAUCUACAACAACUACAGCGAAAGCCUUAGAUCCAGUGCAUAUUGCAUCUCCAAAGUUUACUUCUUCAUUUAACUUUGAUGUUCUAGCAAAAUUCCAUAAUUCUGAGGUAGGAAAUUUAUGUAGAACAGACAAUCUUAUAACAUCAUUUGGGCUGCAGAUGUAUAGAAAUGUGGAGGCUAAGAAAAGUAAAAAAGAAGAAAAAAGAAAAUCAGUUAUGUCAGAUAUGAGGAGACUGGCACAUUUAUUGUUAGAAUUUAGAAAACAAUGUGAGAUAAAUGGUGAUGCUGAGGCUAAAUCAGCUGUAAACAUGUUUGACAGAGGCAAUUUUCAUUCGUUGGAGUCAUCCAUUUUAGCCCUAACAAUAAAUGAAGAAACUGGGCACACAAAAGCAGGGCUAAAAAUCGGAUAUGGCUAUCUCAUAAAGAGAGUUAUCAAAUAUCUCACUGGAGAAUUUCUCAUCCAAAAAAAAGAUGCUGAAGUUGAUGAGAUUAAGCGCUUCGGAGAUCUAUUGGAAUUUUGCUGGCCAGGUAUAUUUGGGGAUGCAGAAUAUAAAAUAACUGUACUAAGACAGAAAGAAUUGAGGAUGCCAUCUCGCCUUCCAGAUGAGGAUGAUGUUAAGAUGUUGAAAGAAUGGCUGGAAAAUAAAAUUAAAGACAUUAAAACGAAAUUCCAAUUUAUAACUUCUAAUGAAUAUGCUGAGAUUAGAGAUUUACUUGUAUGCAGAUUAACACUAUUUAAUGCUCGAAGAGGAGGCGAACCUGCUAGGCUUUUACUAUCAGAAUGGGAUGAUGCAGAAAAUGGGGUCUGGUUUUCGCAAGAUUCAGUGGAAAAGGUGGAGGACCCCAUUGAGCAAAAAUUAUUAUGUGAAUUAAAGAUUGCAUACCAAGCAGGAAAAAGAAAGCUUGUGUCACUGUUAAUACCCCAGGAUUGUUGGGAUGCCAUUAGAAUCCUUGCAGAUGAAAAAGUUCGAGAUGAUGCCGGCAUUGGGAAAGGAAAUAAAUUUUUAUUUCCCACAACUGCUGGUAAAGAUGAACAUGUAAUUGGAUGGAGUUGUGUAAAAAAAUGUUGCAAAAAAGCCAGACUUAGCAAGGACAUCACUGCUACUGAUAUGCGACACAGGGCUGCAACUUUAUAUGCUGCAAUGGACAUCCCAGAAAAAGAGCGCCGAUUAUUUUAUUUACACAUGGGGCACAGUGCAGACAUGAAUAGAGAUGUAUACCAGUGCCCUGAAUCCGUGAGGAUAACAACAUCUGUUGGGAAAGCUCUUCAAUGUUUAGACAGGGGAAACAUGAAAGCUUCCUCAUCAAAAGUUGCAGAGACUGGUCCAAAAAAUACAGAAAUUACCUUCUCUCUUAAAGACUUUUUGAAUGAACUGGUGGAUGAUAAUGUUGCAGUAAGGGCAAUAUCAGGAAAAGGAUUGAUAGAGGAAGAUGAAGUAGAACAAAGACCAGAAAAAAUAAGAGCUGCAAGCUGCAUGAAAGAUCUGAUGCUACAAGAUGCAGCAAAAGAAUACUUCACAGAUGAUGCUUGGCUGGCAGCUGAAUCAGUUUUUGAUUUACUUCCAGACUGUAGUGAUGAUGAAUCUGAGAGAUCCCACAUGAUUUUAAAUACAACAGAUGUAAGUGAUAUAAGAGAUUGUGAAGAUGAACCAUGUUCUUCAAAUGAUUCUAUGAUAUCUGGUGAUACAGAGGAGCAAGUAGAGAGAAGAACAAACAAAAGGAAAAGUUCAACAUAUGAUGAUAACAAGGCUACAAAACUUCAGAAAGUUCCAACUGAACCUGAGGCAGAAAAAGGGAAAAGUUCAACAUAUGAUGAUAACAAGGCUACAAAACUUCAGAAAGUUCCAACUGAACCUGAGGCAGAAAAAGGGAAAAGUUCAACAUAUGAUGAUAACAAGGCUGCAAAACUUCAGAAAGUUCCAACUAAACCUGAGGCAGAAAAAGGAACAAAAAGAAAAUAUAAAUUAUGGACUGAAGAGAAUACUAAAGUAGUGGAUGUUUAUUUUAAGAGAUACAUUACAGAUACAUCUAGCUUGGACAACAAAGGGUCAUUGCCAGGAUCAAAAGAUGUAAGAGAGUUUCUUCAGAAGCAUCCAAUCCUUCAAGAUAUUGAAAUUAAAAAAAGGAUAACAGCCAUCAAGACAAAAAUCUUCAAUGAUAGAAAAGUUUACAGAGAAAAAAUUUCAAAGAAACUUAAGAAAACCCUCCAAAGUAUGUGAGCAUUCUGAAUAUCAUGCAUUCCAUAUAAUAGAUUGACUUGUAAUAGGCCUCUUAAUCUGUAAUCAUCCUCAUCUCUCCACCAACAGCCAGUAUCAUGUAAACUUAAUCUGCGUCAUCAUCUCUCCACCAACAGCCAGUCUUAUGUAAACUGAAUCGGCAUCAACAUCUCUCCACCAACAGCUAGUCUUAUGUAAACUGAAUCGGCAUCAUCAUCUAUCUACCAACAGUCAGUCUUAUGUUAACUGAAUCGGCAUUCUCAUCUCUCCACCAACAGCCAGUCUUAUGUUAACUGAAUCGGCAUCAACAUCUCUCCACCAACAGCUAGUCUUAUGUUAACUGAAACAGCAUCAACAUCUCUCCACCAACAGCCAGUCUUAUGUAAACUGAAACAGCAUCCUCAUCUCUCCACCAACAGCCAGUCUUAUGUAAACUGAAUCGGCAUCAACAUCUCUCCA